GAUAAUCCGUCUUUUCAAAGAGGAAAACAUUCCUCAUCACACUUUCCCUUUGCCCAACAUCCAUGCGGUUAUCAGAGGUAUCCCAGCAUCAAACACCGAACAGGAGGUCAAAGGUGAGCUAGAACAGAAGGGUUACGCUCCCUUUCACAUCGUUCGCCUAAAGCGCAACGGCGGCGUGCCCAUGCCGUUGGUGGUGGUGAUCCUGCAUAAGACGGAGAA